AUUCUAGACAGAAAGAGUUGGUGUUUACAUGUGUAGGAAAGGAGUUUGAUACUCCUGCCCCAGUUUCAGCUUAUGGAUUCAGUGAUAAUAACCUCUACGUACAUUAUAUCCUGGAGCUUCCUUUAAAUUGGACAGUAUCAGGUGAAGUGGAAGUGGAAGGAGUGACACACGCUUGUUCACCCAAAGUUGAAAACAAGGAAGACGUGGCUUACUUCAGUCACCCGUUUUCUUUUGAACUUGAGUACAAGAUGAAAACCGUCCAACCAUGUCCAGAUAAUACCUUACCUAGGUGGCCAGUGCUUUUUUUAAAAGUUGUGUCUUAUAGUACAUGGGGACACUACCAGAUUCAGGGUUAUGGUUACACAAUUCUACCAGUAACUCCAGGUACUCAGAUGCUGAAACUUCAAACUUGGCGGCCAGUACCUGUUUCAUUGGUUGAUAAACUUAGAACAUAUUUUAUUGGAGGACCAGCUGAGAUUGUAGACCCUACUUACUUGGCUGUACCUUCCACAUUUCAGGGUAACCAGCUCAGCAAGUUUGGUUUCUGCAGUGAAACAACAGGGACUGUUGUGGUCAGAUUGAAUACUGUUCAUCAACAGUCUCGGAGUGUUCCUCUACCUGGUCAGUACAGCAUUAAUAAUAUUUUGGACACAACAGGGUCAUCAAUUCAGAACAGCAUUACGGCAGUCAUUGCAGCUUUUCAGCGAGCCAGACAACGUAUGUUAGUAGCUCGAGGAAAACUAGAUUGAUUUUUAAAGAGUACUCUUUUCUCUGUAUUUGUAUAUAUAUUUUAUGAAGAAGAUUAAUAAAUAUUUAUUGACUA